AUGGCGAACUCCGACCCCUUCCUCCAAGUCCAAUCGGACGUCGUGUCAACGCUACAAACCAGCCGUCCGCUGUUCUCCUCAUACAUUCGCAUCCGCUCACUAGCGAAAAACCCAAAUAACCCCGAGCUCAAACAGUCGCGAUCAGAGCUAGAAACAACAUUAACAGAGCUCAGCGCCGACCUCGACGACCUAGUUGAGAGCGUGCGCGCCAUCGAACAAGACCCCUACCGCUUCGGCCUAGAACUAGAAGAGGUGCAGCGUCGCCGAAAACUCGUCGACGAUGUCGGUGCUGAAGUUGAGAAGAUGCGCCAGGAGUUACAGCAGACGGUUUCACAUGCUCCGCCCGCUGAACUGCCUAACCCGACGGAGUUUGAUGCUGCGCUGGAAGAUGAGGAGAGGCAACAGCGUGGUGGAGAUGAUUACUAUGCUUCUAUGGAACAGCAGCGACAAACGGAGCUUAUGCAUGAACAGGAUGAACAGUUGGAUGGUGUCUUUCGGACUGUUGGGAACUUGAGACAGCAGGCGAAUGAUAUGGGGAGAGAAUUGGAGGACCAAGCUGUUAUGAUGGAUGAGGUUGAUAGCUUGGCGGAUCGAGUUGGGGGGAAGUUGACGAAUGGAAUGGCGCGAAUUAGACAUAUUGUCAGGUCAAAUGAGGAGGUGUCAUCGUAA